AUGGGAAAUAACAUCUCGUACUCCGUCACCCCCACGACUCUUGACCUCGGCUCUCAAGGCUCUCUCAACGGUCUCAGCUACGACAAUAAAGUCAAACGCUUCCUUAAUAUCCCUUUCGCCCUACCGCCAACUGGUCCUUACCGCUGGCGUAAACCGCGUCCUCUCCCCUCCGAUUUCCACUAUGGUGAUGCUCGUGACUGUACGAAGUUCGGGCCUCUAGCACCGCAGCCUGGGAAGUAUACGAGUCUGGGUAACAGCGAUGAACCGGAGGAGGAGAAGUUGAAGUACGAUGAGGACUGUUUGACCUUGAAUGUAUGGAUGCCGGCGGGCGAACCACCACAGGGUGGAUGGCCUGUGGUGCUGUGGUACCACGGCGGCUGGAUGCAAGUAGGAGAUGCCUCCGUCGACCCCAACAUGGAUCCUACCGAGCUCAUCUCCUCCACCGGCGCCGCGCUCCAAUGUGUCUUCAUCGCCUCAGCCUAUCGCCUCUCCGCCCUCGGCUUUCUCGCAUCCUCCGAACUCGCUGCCGAGGCUGUGUCUCUUGGCGAAGAGAACUUCUGGGGCAACUACGGCCUAUGGGACCAGAGGCUAGCUCUGGACUGGGUGCACGAGAAUGUCGGGAAGUGGUUCGGCGGGAAUACGAGGGAGAAGUUGACGUUGGCGGGACGAAGUGCGGGAGCGUAUAGCGUGCAUGCGCAGGUCUGCCAUGAGUUUUUCAUGAGGAAGGACGAGCAGAAGGAGGACGCACCGAUGUUUAACCGGUUGAUCAUGUACUCCAAUGCUAUCCCCACUUCUCCGAAGUCCCUCUCCGACGUCCAACCGCAGUUCGAGGAGCUUCUCACCGCUUGCUCCAUUCCCCUCUCCCUCUCCGGUCCCGAGAAACUUGCCCGGCUCCGAUCGAUACCCGCACGCGAACUCACCAGCAAAGUCAUGGGACUGAAGAUGCAUACCUUUCGACCGGUGCUGGACGGCGCGUUCUUCCCAACGGAUCUGUUUGAUAGGUUCAAGAAUGGAGACUUUGCGAAGGAGUUCGAGAGGAGACGGUUGGAGUUGUUGAUUGGUGAAGUUCGCGACGAGGAAACUAUUUACCGUCAAACGAACCCACCGGACUCUCUGGAGACCCUACAUCUUCAAGUCUCGAACUACUACCCGUCGCACGUAACGGACAAGCUCAUCGACGCUUACCUCACGCGCAAGGUUCACCUUCCGUACGCACACCCAGACCCAGACCCGAAUAUCGACGCAUGGAAGAAGGUGUAUGGGGAUAUUAUUUCCGAUGGUCAAGUUCGUGCCCCCUCCCGCCUCCUAAUUGACCAACUCCGCAACGCAAACGUCCCUCUUUCCCGCGUCCACCGCUACCUCAUCUCCUACCGCCCCUCUUUCAUGGAUCGCGUCGCCCCCGUCACCCUAGGCGUCGGCCACGCUUUCGACAAGCCCAUCUGGAAUUUCUCGAUCAUGCACGGGCCGACGGACGAAGAGGAGAAGGCGAUGAGGGCUUGGAUCGCUGACCUGAGGGAGUUUGUGAAUCGGGGAUUGAGUGAAGAGACGGGUGGAAAGGGAUAUGGGACGAAGGAGUGGGAGGAGUAUAAGGUUUUGGCGGAGGAUGGGAAGAUCGAGGUGAGGAAGGAUGCGAAAUGGGCUUAUUUGUUGGAGGUCGGGGAGAUUAUGGCGGUCUAG